AUGGCUGAUCAUCUUUUACAUUAUAAUGACUCAGCCGGGUUCGGGAACCGAUUUGCCCGUAAAGGUGCUUUGCGGCAGAAAAAUGUCCAUGAGGUGAAAAAUCACAAAUUCACCGCCAGGUUUUUCAAGCAGCCCACCUUCUGCAGCCACUGCACAGACUUCAUAUGGGGAUUUGGGAAACAAGGAUUUCAAUGCCAAGUUUGCUGUUUUGUGGUUCACAAGCGCUGCCAUGAGUUUGUCACCUUCUCGUGCCCAGGAGCUGACAAGGCACCUCACCCCCCAGACCCCAGAAGCAAACACAAGUUUAAGAUUCACACCUACGGCAGUCCCACCUUCUGCGACCACUGUGGUUCGCUGCUGUACGGCCUCAUCCACCAAGGGAUGAAGUGUGACACCUGCGACAUGAACGUGCACAAGCAGUGUGUGGUCAACGUGCCGAGCCUUUGUGGGACGGACCACACGGAGCGCCGGGGUCGCCUCUUCCUCAAGAUCGAGGUCAAUGGGGACAGACUACAUGUCACAGUGGGCGAAGCCAGAAAUCUGAUUCCUAUGGAUCCCAAUGGUUUAUCAGACCCCUAUGUGAAACUCAAACUUAUCCCAGAUCCAAAAAAUGAGACCAAGCAGAAAACCCGGACCAUCCGCUCUUCCCUCAACCGCUGGAAUGAGUCUUUCACCUUGUAUAAGAUGCUGAACCAGGAAGAGGGAGAGUACUACAACGUGCCUAUCCCUGAGGUGGACGACAUCAACCUGGAACUGCGACAGAAGUUUGAGGCCUGCCAGUUAAAUAUCCACUAUCUCAAGAAAGCCAAACUGGGCCACGGGAAAAAGGUGAUCACGCCGUCGGAUCAUAGACGAUUCAGCCUACCUUCGGGUAACGUGGACCGGGUCCGUCUCGGUGACUUCCACUUCCUUGCCCUGCUGGGUAAGGGCAGCUUCGGCAAGGUAAUGUUGGCAGAGAUGAAAUCGACGGAGGAGCUGUACGCCAUAAAGAUCCUGAAGAAGGACGUGGUGAUCCAGGACGAUGACGUGGAAUGUACCAUGGUGGAGAAGAGAGUGUUGGCCCAGAGAGACAAACCUCCCUUCCUCACACAGCUCCACUCCUGCUUUCAGACGGUGGACCGGCUGUACUUUGUGAUGGAGUACAUUAACGGAGGGGACCUCAUGUACCACAUCCAACGCGUGGGCAAGUUCAAAGAGCCUCAGGCAGUAUUUUAUGCUGCUGAGAUUGCUGUAGGCCUGUUCUUCCUGCACAGAAAAGGAAUCAUCUACAGGGACCUGAAGCUUGACAAUGUGAUGUUAGACUCCGAGGGCCACAUCAAGAUAGCAGACUUUGGCAUGUGUAAGGAGAACAUGUAUGAGGGCAUGAACACACGCACCUUCUGUGGCACCCCUGACUACAUCGCACCAGAGAUCAUAGCGUACCAGCCGUAUGGGAAGUCAGUGGACUGGUGGGCGUACGGCGUUCUUCUGUACGAGAUGCUGGCAGGACAGCCCCCCUUUGAUGGAGAGGAUGAAGAUGAACUCUUCCAGUCUAUCAUGGAGCACAACGUGUCCUACCCAAAGUCCAUGUCUAAAGAGGCCGUCUCAAUCUGCAAGGGACUGAUGACCAAGCACCCCUCCAAGCGCCUUGGCUGUGGCCCAGAGGGGGAGAGGGACAUCAGGGAGCAGGCCUUCUUCAGACGGAUUGAUUGGGAGCGCCUGGCCAACAGAGAGAUCCAGCCGCCCUUCAAGCCCAAAGUGUGCGGGAAAGGGGCAGAAAACUUUGACAAGUUUUUUACCCGCACCCAGCCCAUGCUGACCCCUCCUGACCAGCUGGUCAUCGCCAACAUUGACCAGAGCGAGUUUGCAGGCUUCUCCUACGUCAACCCCCAGUUCAUCCAUCCGUCCCUGCACAGCGUGGUAUGAGGAGAAAGCAGAGAGAGGGAGAGGUGGAGAGAAUAGAGAGAGAGAGAGAACGAGAUGGGGACAGGGACUGUCGUGGGACUACAAGAAGCAUCCAGACCUCCCAUGAGCCCACACAAAAUGUCCUGUCAAAGAGACAACCGUCUGCUACUCCGCCAUGUUAUGUCACUUGUAUGAGCUCUGUGUGCUGGGCGGCUGAGGAGGGGGGAGUUGGGGGAGAACGGAGUUGGUAGUAAGAGUGUACUGUGAGAGGAAAACAACAAGGGAAAGAUUAAGACGCUUAUAAACGGACACGGAGCCCAAAACAUGUUCACAUAUUUCCAAACCCCCCCCCCCCAAAUUUCCAACAACUCGUGUGUGAUUGUGUGCACCAGGUACACUCUAUCCAGUGUCCGCUAUGCCUUUUAGUUAGAGAAGCUGUGAUGCAAGGUGUAAAUAACCCGCCCGUACCUCAUCCCGCCGGUCCCUCUUUCUGUUACCAUGCAACAAGCUGCAUUACACAUAGCAACACAGUACACGAUUUUCUGCUUUCGCCCCGCUCGACUCUCUCCAGCUAAUGUGCUGCCAUUCCUGAACUGCCAUACAUGCAUAUUAUAUUUACAUGCUGAAAAGAGAGAUGAGUUGCUGUUACGUGGGUGCCAAAAUAGAAGCGGACAAAAAAAAAAAAGAAAUUGCAUUUAUUUUUUUCCGGUCACGACGCUGAGUGAAAAACCCAAACGGCUGCAUCGGUUUCUCGACGCCUCAUACCGCGAUGGCGUCAGUGCCCCUGGCUCGGACCUUUGCUUUCCCAGAGGUGUUCACACACUUAACCAUCAACAGGAACCAUUUCUGUCUCAGAUGUUUGGCAGGUGGUGGGAAUAUAUCUGUCCGGCAGAGAGGGCGAUGGAGUCACCCGUGAUGUGCUCACGGUGACCACCGUGUGUCUGUCAACAAGCCUUUUCCAAAGAAAUGGACGUCGCCUGCAUUAGGUGAACUACACAAAGAGGGCGGCACGGUGGCGCAGUGGUUAGCGCGGUCGCCUCACAGCAAGAAGGUCCCGGGUUCAAACCCCGGGGUUGUCUAACCUUGGGGGUCGUCCCGGGUCGUCCUCUGUGUGGAGUUUGCAUGUUCUCUGCGU